GACCGCGGCCAUUUGAGCCUCGCCAGAGAAGCUGCUUCUUCCACAUUUCACCCCCUCCCACACUCGUGCUUCUUCACGUCGCCUUGAUCAUCCUUCUGCGUCUCAACCCUUGGGUCUUCUCAAAAUGGCGGACGUGCAGUUUCUUGCUCUCACCACCAAGCCUUCGGCGCAGCUGAGCUACAGCUUCCAAGCGCCUGAGGCCGCGUCCAAGCCCACACUGGUCGUCUUUCUGAACGGCCUUGGGCUGCCGCAAACCUUCUGGCUCCCCGUCAUUGCUCAGCUGAAAGCCCUGCGCCAGGGGCAGAGCACUCCUGCCUUUUUGACCUACGAUCGCUUCGGGCAAGGCCAGAGCACCGAUCGCGAUCCCCAGGACGCCGGCGCUGAAGACCCCAUGCAUGGCCAUGACUGCCUCGCUUCAGUGCAUGAUGCCCGACAACUGAUCACCCAGAUGUCGCAGGACAAGCUGGGGGUGUCCGACGUGGACUCUGUGUCACUUAUCCUGGUGGGCAACUCCAUCGGCUGCGCUCUGGCUCGUCUCUACGCACAAGAAUAUCCCGGAACCGUAGCUGCUCUCCUCCUCCUCGACAGCGUGCUAGCCAACUCCGAUUUCGUUUCUGUUUUUCCUGACCCCGAUGCCGCGGACUUCGACCCCGCCGCUCUGCACGGUCUCCCCGUCGAAGCCAUCCGCGCGGUCCGGGCCGGUGCCCGCCGCGUGUUCCACCCCGAUGUCGGCAGCAAAGAGGGUCUCAGCCGGCGGAGCUUGCGGGAGCUGCUGCCUGCCAGCGAUGGACCUUUGCUGAAAGGACCCGCCGGGCACGGACCUUACGUGACGGUGGUGGGCCACGACUUCGAUGCGUUUGCCGAGGAGUCCGCCAAGAUGGGACCCCCCAAGCCGGUGACGAACCUGUUUGUCAAUCCGUACUGGCAGCGGUACAACGAGGGGUUGGUGAAGAUUACGGAGACCGAGUACAGCAAGGGGCCGAUUCUGGCGCCCAACGCGGGCCACUUCGUGCAGAAGGAUAACCCGGAGUUUGUGGUGCAGGAGCUGAAUGAGCUGCUGGAGAAGGUGCUGUGAGACUAGUAUUGAU